CAUGCCCAGCUCCCUAAGCCGUUCCUCAUAAGGCAUUGUUUCCAGGCCUUUGACCAUUUUGGUUGCCCUCUUCUGGACACGUUCCAGCCUGUCAGUAUCCUUCUUGAACUGUGGUGCCCAGAACUGGACACAGUAUUCCAGGUGAGGUCUGACCAGAGCAGAAUACAGUGGUACUAUUACUUCCCUUGAUCUAGAUGCUAUACUCCUAUUGAUGCAGCCCAGAAUUGCAUUGGCUUUUUUAGCUGCUGCAUCACACUGUUGACUCAUGUCAAGUUUGUGGUCUAGUAUUGGAUAGUUUGUUUUGGCCUUCCUCACUUUUCACCUCUUAUAAUGAAUGGUAUAAAGCCUGUUCGGCAUUCCACAUCUGGUGCUCCAGAGGGCAAAAGAAUAACUGGAAAAAGAAGUCUGCAACAAAUAUCCUUGUCUAUGUUGUGUUACAUAAUUUGGGUGCUUUUAUGUGGAAUAUAUUUCUUCUUUUUGGUAUUUGGAUAUCUGAUGUUGUUACUGUUUCUGUAAGGCCUCACAGGACAGAACUCUACGAUGACAUCCCGCCAACAUGCUGGCCGAUUGUGUAUUCUCCAGAUUACAAUAUUACAUUUAUGGGACUGGAGAAACUACAUCCAUUUGAUGCUGGAAAAUGGGGGAAAGUAAUAAAUUUUUUGAAAGAAGCAAAACUGAUUGCCGAUGAUUUGAUUGUACAAGCUCGAGAAGCAACUGAAGAAGACCUUUUAGUUGGUCACACGAGAAGCUACUUGAAUCGAUUAAAGUGGUCAUUUGUUGUGGCUACAAUUACAGAGAUCCCACCUGUUCUUUUUCUGCCCAAUUUUCUUGUUCAGAGAAAGGUGCUUAGGCCUUUAAGAACUCAAACUGGAGGAACAAUAAUGGCAGGGAAACUGGCCAUUGAGAGAGGAUGGGCAAUUAAUAUUGGUGGUGGCUUUCAUCACUGCUCAAGCGAUAAAGGUGGAGGGUUUUGUGCCUAUGCUGAUAUCUCAUUGGCUCUAAAGUUUUUAUUUGAAAGGAUGGAAGGAGUUUCUAAGGCAACUAUCAUAGACCUGGAUGCACAUCAGGGAAAUGGCCAUGAAAGAGACUUUAUGGAUGACCGAAGAGUGUAUAUUAUGGACGUUUACAACAGGUAUAUUUAUCCAGGAGAUGGAUUUGCCAAACGAGCCAUAAGACGGAAAGUUGAAUUGGACUGGGGCACAGAAGACGCGGAAUAUCUUCAGAAAGUAAAAACGCAUGUAGAAGGUGCACUGAACGAAGUAAAAUCAGACAUCAUUGUUUAUAACGCCGGAACAGACAUUUUGGACGGUGACCCCUUGGGAGGCCUGGCUAUUUCACCGCAGGGGAUUAUCGAUCGCGAUGAAAUUGUGUUCAGAGCUGCUAGGAAACACAGAAUUCCCAUCUUGAUGGUGACCUCUGGAGGCUAUCAGAAGAGGACGGCAAGGAUUAUCGCAGAUUCCCUUCUCAAUUUGCAUAGCCAGGGCCUGAUUGAGAAGGAGCCUGCCUUUGGUGAAGCUGGAAGGGCCAAGGUAGAAAUGAUGCCUGGAAAAUAAAAGGGAGAUCAGCUAACUUGGCACUGCAGAACGAGGACAUUGGGGUUAUUGUAGAAGGCAACUCUUAAUUGUUUAAUAUUUAAACCGAGAGACAAGAAAUGCUCCAGUUCUCGUAGAAUUAAUAUAUUCUAAUGGCGAAAGAUAUUUAAUUUGCCUGUACUUACCAGCGGCAGUCAGUGGUCCCACAAGGAAUACCAACAGAUUAUGUUUCUCUCUCCAGUGCUUUUAAAUGCUGCCUUUAAAAGAUUAAUAUGGGCAUAAAUUCUGGAUUUGGUUAUUUCUUGCUGUGGUCAGAGUGGUAAAAAACACUAAUAUUCUUUUUUACAGUAGUCCGUUUUUCUUUUCAAAAGAGAAUUAUGUAAUAUCUUAAUUUUUUAACUUAUUAUUAUUUUUAUCUGGGAAACUUCCAUCUGGCUUAAUUUUUCAAAAGAAACUCAAGGCAGCUAACAAAUCCAGCCAGAUGGGCGGGGUAUAAAUAACAAAGUUAUUAAAAUUAUUAUUUAUCCAAACUCCACGCAAUAGUAAAAUACGUCACAAUCCCCAUUCAUAGCUGCAGUCAAAAGGCCAAAGUAUUGAUGUGAAAAACUAAUAAUUUCAAAACAGCCAGUAAACAACAACACCCUAAACCAGGCAUCCCCAAACUUGGCCCUCUAGAUGUUUUGGGACUACAGUUCCCAUCACUGCUGACCACUGGUCCUGUUAGCUAGGGAUGAUGGGAAUUGUAGUCCCAAAACAUCUGGAGGGCCAAAUUUGGGGGUGCCUGCCCUAAACAGUCUCAGGAAUAAACCUGAACAAAUAAAAACAGCCAGCUGCAAACUUUAGUAAACAUCCAUGUUUUUUGCCCGCCACCUGAAACAUUACAGUGAUGAGCGCCUGAUGUCCCUCACCUGGCUGGGUGCCACCAUGGAAAUAACUUUAUAGUCCUGGCUGUCACCAGCCGUGCUUCAUGGAGUUGAGGGAUCUGAAGUAGGGCUUCAGGUGUUGACUGCAGCAUAUGAGAAACAUACAGGAAAGUCUGCUUCAUUCCAAGGGUACAGCUAUUCGUUAGGGCUUUAGGUGGAUCAGAGAACCCAUUUCAAACAAGCAGCAGAAGUGUUUUUGAGGAACAUUUCCCAGCUAUUGCAAACAUAAGGAGGUUAUGUGUGUGUUCUGAACUGCAGCAGGGGCUACUGUUCCCCAAGCAGAUUCACGCUUGACUGGGAUGAUUUGAUUUAUUUAUUUUUAAAACAACCCAAACAGGUUUCCCCUUUUGUCGUGAAGUGAUUGUGAUUAUGCUUCACUUUAUUACACCUGUGGUUCUCCGCAUCAAGAUGGCAAAAUACUGUUCUUCAGCUUUAGCUUGUACGCCCGACGUCGAAAUAUAUUGGAAUAUACCUGCAUGCCAAGAUACCUCCUGCUUAUCCACCUGCCAGAUGAUCGGUGCGUUUCCUCGCCAGAAUGGCACAACAAAGUCUUGCUGUCUGGUUGGUUUUUGUAGUUGUAGUUGUUUGCAACUGAGAAGAUACAUAUUUAUUUCUUUUCUACUUCAGGUGGAGGUAAAUAGUAAAAGUCAAAACUGACCCUGAGGUUUAAAAGUGCACAGCUAAAAGCUCCGCUUGCGUUCCCCAUGAAAUCAACGUGAGGUGCACUUAAGUAAUUCAUCCGAUUCCCCUUAGGACUUAAAUGGCCAAAUGAAUGAAUGAAUGAAUGAAUGAAUGAAUGGAUUGUGCCUCUGAAGACUGGGUUAUCCAGGCACCCUUAUUUUUCUAAACAAGGAGGACUGGUGUGAUAAUUACCUGCAAUAGAUUUUGAUUGUAGAUCUCUCUCAAUGUUAACCUGUGACAUUAUGUGGUACUACUGUAUAAUAUUACGAGCAGUGAUGCCUUGAAGCAUAUAUAAAAUAGUUACGAGAUGUAAAAAAGAUAAAAUUUAUGUAAAAUAAUCAGUUUACAUUUGUGUGCGUGCGUGUGUGUGUUGGGUGGGGGGAAUCAGUUGUCAUAGGACCUACACUAGGAUUCUUUUGCAACUGUCCUCAAAUUCUGUCAUGUAAUUUUGAGUGAAUGCUCAAAUAAAACGGGGUUUUUAAUCUUAUUCUUUUUAUUUUAAAAGUCUGUUUUUUAAUAACAGGGCUGGGGAACGUCUGUUCUUGGAUGACUCUUAUCAGCCCCAGCCCAGCCAGCAUAGCCCAAGUGAUCAGGUUGUAAAUAUUAAGAUAUCAGCAAGAAUGAGUCUUUCUGUAAAAAUAUACAUGAUUUAAAUCAAGUCUUACUGACUAGUGAUUUAAGCAGUGAUUUAAAUCAAUUUGAUUUCAAUCAAAUGCACCCUGCUGGACUCCAACUGCGAUCAUCCCUGACCAGCUGGGGUUGAAGGAAGUUGGAGUCCGAUGACAUUUGGAGGGGAACUUAAGACCUCAUCUACACAGGAGUGCCUGGCGUGCUCUGAUCCAUGGGGUCACGAAGAGUCAGACAUGACUAAAUGACUAAACAACAAUAACAACACAGUGUCGUAUCACUUUAAACAAUCAUGGCUUCCCCCAGAGAAUUAUGGGAACUGUAGUUUGUUAAGGGUGCUGAGCAUAGCUGCCAAGUUAUCCCUUUUUUUAAGGGAAAUUCCCUUAUGCUGAAUAGGCUUCCUCGUGAGAAAAGGGAAAACUUGGCAGCUAUGGUGCUGAGAGCUGCCUGGAGACCCCCUCACAGAUAGGGUUGCCAGACUCAAUAGAGGACAGGACUUCUGUGCCUUUAAUUGCCCUGCUCUCUUUUGAGUCUGGA